CAUCUCCCCUGUCGCGUCAGCAACCUUGAAUAUUUUUCCUUUUGGCCCACAAUCGCACCAGAAGGAAUCUCACAUUUGCAUUUAUCUCGGUAAAUCUGGCUGUACUAGUCAUUUAUACCGAAUAACUGCAAGUUGUCUGCAGCGCCUGUUCCGUUUUGGUUUGUUAACUGAACUUGGACUUUUUGGUCCACUUGAAAACCUCCCCUACUGGAUCGAGAGUAUACGCGACUGCUUUUCAUGUCGUACUCGCUUUUCAAAUUCUUUUAUCAGGAUGAUCUCGACGGGUUCAAAGAAGCUUUGGCUGGCGCGGUAGCAGCGAACGGGCUCUUUGCUAUUCCUCGACGAGGAAAUCACGCGGCUUCGGGCGGUUUGACUGUCAAGGAUGUGAACCGCGUUGAUGAGUAUGGGCGCACAGUGCUGCAUCUUGCUAGCUCGCAAAACAAGAUCGAGUUUGUGCGCGCGCUCCUCGAUAUAAAUGGCAUAGACGUCAUGGCCAUUGAUGGUGAGAGUGGGUGGACAGCGCUUCAUCGCGCGCUGUAUGCUGGGAAUGUAGCAAUUGCGCAACUGCUUAUGGAGUUUCAGAAAGAUUGCAUUCGCGUCAAAGACAGAGAAGGAAACUCGCCGUUUGACGUACUCAACUCUACUAUCGAAGGCACGAACCCACUUCCAUUGAAUAUCGUGACGGGUGGUUCUGAGCUCUUUACAUUUGGCUCGAAUGCAAACCACACUCUUGGCUUUAAUGACUCGGACGAUAGAGCGAAUCCAGAGCGGGUUCUGCUUGACAGAACUCAAAAUGUUCCUGAAUUGCCCGCUAUGGAACGAUUUGCUAAUAUCCGUAUCCGGGACGUGCAAAUGUCAAAGCUGCACACCGCUGUACUCACGACUGAUCCGGUAAACAAUCUGAUGAUUUGCGGGUUUGGAAAUAACGGCCGACUAGGAUUUUCGGGCGGCAACACUCAGUUUACGUUCAAGACUCUCGAGACGUUCGGACAAGUCCAAGUCACCGCCGUGGCAGUCAGCCAGGAUCAUACUCUUGCCGUGACAGCUGAUGGUGCUGUUUACUCUUGGGGAUCCAACAAGUACGGUCAACUAGGCUACACAUUGGACGUCAAGAAACCCCAAGACGAGCCAGUGCAGAGUUCUCCGCGCAAGAUCGUGGCUGGAAUUAAGCGUGACCACAUGAUAGGAGUUGCUGCAUCGCGAAUACAUUCUGUCACCUUUUCAGACAGCGAGCUGUUCAUGUGGGGCAAGAAUGCCGGGCAACUGGGAUUCCCGGCUGGAGAUGGUCAGCCCAUUGAGAUGACGCCAAGAAAAGUCUCCUCUCUUCCGGCGCCGGUCAAGAUGGCUUCUGCAACGGAAAAUGCAACGAUUUGCUUGCUUGAGAAUAACGACGUGAUUGUGUACAUCAACGGGGGCUACUUCAAGGUUUUCUUCCCACUCGACAGAUUCACAGAUCAAUUCUCGGUAUUCCGUCCCCGGAGUAUGUUCACAAAGAACGUCAUCACCAAGAUCGUCGCUGGUGGAACAACCGUGCUGGCUCUCAGCUCGGGCGGUGACAUUUGGAGUUUCCAGCUCGACGGGAAGGCUGUAGCGAAUGCGAAACCCAGCUCGUUGUCGAAAACUAUCAGACCACAAAACGUCUGGCGGCUACGACGCAAGCACCUGGCUGUGCGCGAUCUCGACGUAGGCCAGGACGGGUCCGUCAUCGUGUGUACCAAAGCUGGUACCGUCUGGCGCAAAGUAAGACGGACGAAAGCAAAGACUUCUCAUGGAAAGGUCUCUGAGUUUAAGUUUUCGCGGAUUCCGCAUCUGACGCGAGUUGUCGCCGUACGAAGCAAUAAGUUUGACUCGUACGCCGCUAUCAGAAGUGAUCUGGAAUCUCCAGAGAUUGAGAUCGAUCAUGAAGAGCUACGUGAUGACAUUGAAAGAAUGAUACCUUUUGCCGAUGUGUACGACCAGACCGAGUCAGACUCAGUCUCUGUAUCUUCAGAAGAUUCGGCCGUCAGUGAAGCUACGCAGCGGUUGCCGCAGACGUUUUUACCCAUGCUUGAAUUUCUACGAGACGAAAAUCUGCGGGAUCAACUCGAGCCUAGGCUAGAGGACCUGGAUUUAGCCGCGUACGGAGGAAGCUAUGAUUUGAUGCUCUAUUCAUCUGACGACGAGUUUAUGGGUAUACCGGUUCACCGCGUGAUUAUUGCCAGCCGCAGUAAGCUGAUUGCAGAUAUCAUAUCUGGAGCAGCGGAGAUUCCUGAUAUUGAAUAUCGAGAAGACGAGAACGGGCGAUCGCUGGUGUUUAAGAAAUGCGGGCUACUGGCAUUGCUUAUCUUCAUCUACUUUGCCUAUACCGAUUAUAUACUUCCGGUCUGGGAUGGGUUUGGGAGCAAGUCGAAGGUUGACAAACGCUUUUUGAACGCCAAGGAUGAGCUGAUUGCACUCGCAAGUACCCUCAGACUGAAGAGUCUCUCCUCAGCAGUUUACUUUCAACAGCGACCGACGCAAUCCCUCGCCAUCGACUUGAGAGAGGCGGUGGCCGAUCCUCGAUUCCAAGAGUGGACCGAUCUAACUGUCCAGCUGGAGGACGGUGAGGCUAGAUGCUACUCGGUUAUCAUGUCUGCGCGGUCAGAGUUCUUCGAAACACUCAUGUCCGCCCGCUGGUCUGCGGUUCCGGCGGCACCUACCCCAAGCAGCGACUAUUACUCGGUCUCAUCAUACGCCCCCGCUACAUCUUCCGAAGAAGAAGACGUAGACAAGACAGUCGACAUGAAGCAUGUCCGGUCUGCGGUUUUCAAGGUCGUCUUGGACUUCAUCUACGGUGUCGAGGAUGAGUCUCUGUUUGCAGAAGUGCAGACCGAGUCGCUGGCUGAGUUUCUGGAGUUUGUGCUCGAGGUGUUGUCUGUCGCCAACGAGCUUUUGAUCACAAAGCUGACGCAGAUUUGUCAGUCUAUUCUGCGAAGUUAUGUCAAUGUUCGAAAUGCGGCGCCGUUGCUGGCCGAAGCAGACUUUUAUUCUGCGCAAGGUCUGAAAGACUCGUUACUGCAGUAUAUUGCAUUGAACCUGGAAGGCAUGCUGGAGAAUGGUCUUUUGUCAUCUCUAGAAGCUCCUUUGCUCCAAGACCUCGAGAAAACAGUACGGCAAAAACAGCUAGAAAAGCUCCCAGUCAGUAAAUCAGGGAUCCUCCUGCAACUGCUUGAAGAGCGAAACCCAGCACUCGGCGAAGCGCGACAAAAGGAAAAAGACCGGCUCGUUCAAACUUUCGAAUCCUCCUCGCUGCCCUCGAGUUAUGGCGGCUCGCUUCCGCAGUCAUUUUCUAGCUCGUUCACAAAGAGCGGGAUUGCUGCCGAAUUCCGGGAUCACGGUAGCUCGCAUAAUCAAAAGAGCACGCAGCGGCGCGGGUCUCGAGAGCAGUCGGGCUCUGCUGUUCCGCAGAGUCCGGUGAUGACGGCUACGAUAGUGCAGAGCAAUGAUUUUAUCUUUGAUAUGGACGACGAGUUAAGCUCUACGCCUAGUACGCCAGCGACCGCGGCGGAUUGGAAAGUAGUGAAAGGGAAAACCAAGAGCGGAAACACGCCUUCGACUUCAUACACUGCUCCUAGCAGCUUUGACGAACACAUGCGGCCGUCGUCGUUCAGAGAUACUUCUGGUUUUGGAUCAUAUCGAAGAGAAUCAUUCGCAGCGAGCAUAACUCCCACGGAUUCGCAUUUGGCAAAGCCAUCGUCACUGUCAAAUAGCUCCCCGAUGGCGCGGCCUAGUGAAUUCAACCGGGCCACGGAAUCACCUGCGUCUUCGUCGUCGUGGAAGCCGAAGCCUGUGUCUGGCAUCUCGUUGGCUUUGCAAAAUCGGAAGACCUCUGCUACCGGUUUGGGUUCAGAACAGCUACCUUCCACGCCACACAAGUCUCAGGAGAACUUCCCCGCAACCCCAGGCUCAUCUUCCGCCGUCGCGCUCUCGUCACCAGUCACUGCGUCUGCGACGACCUCGACAGCGACCUACAUCUCGCCGGUAGUCAAACCCGCUGUGUCGCAGAAAAACCGCAAAAAGCAACGCGCGCAGGAAGUCGUUUCCUCGCCUCCCUCGUCGUCAAAAUCAUCGUCGCCGUGGUCCACGCCUGCGAAAUUCACGCCGCGGUCAGGCUCGGUGGGAAGUUUCCCGUCUCCGCAGCUGUUCCCGAUGGGCCCGCAGACGUCGUUUGCGACUACGGCGGCUACGAACGCGAGUCAGUUGGGGAAGAAAGCGGUGGCGGGGGUAGCCGGUGUAGCUGUGUCGUCGUCUGCGGGUUCGUCGCCGGCAACGGUGGUGACAGCUACGGCGACAACGACCGCGGCCACAGUCGCGGUUACUGCGACGACUGCAACUACUGCGACGACCGCAUCAACGUUUACUGCUGCUACUCCUUCAUCUUCCAGCAAAAAUUAUGCACGCAAAGUAUCCUCAUCGUCGACGCCAACCCGCAUCUCGAAAUCCCUCUUCCCAGAGCUAAACCCGCAAACUCUCGAGCCCACCGACGCAGUCCCUGCGGAACUGCAACUCUCUCUUGCCGAGCUGAUCGAGCAGCAACGCAUCGAGCAGGACAUCAUUGCCGCGAACUCGCGCCAAAAGAAAAGCAUCGAGCAGUUGCAGGAGGAAGAGGAGUUUGCCAGUUGGUGGGCGGCGGAGAGCGAGCGUGUGCAGGCGGAGUUGCAGAAACAGGAAGCUGGGGCGAAGAACGAGGGUAGUGCGGCAGCUGGCGCGGCGGGAGCUAAGAAGAAGGGCGGGCGUGGAGGGGCGCAGCAGCAACGGGGAGGACGUGGUGCUGGUGUAAAUAGUAGUAGGCCGAGAGGGCGGGGCGACGGUUUUAGAAAGGGCAAACAUCAUGGAGAUGGCGGUCCACACCAGAGUCAGGAGCAGCCUAAGGUGUCGAGUUAGAGAGCUGUUAUAAUCUUUCCAGUUGUUUUCUACAUGUAAAUAUAUAUCCAAUAAUAAUUUUUCAAUGAAACUAUAGUGUUGGA